AUGGCUGUUCCACCUGCUUAUGCUGAUCUGGGCAAAUCUGCCAGAGAUGUUUUCACCAAGGGAUAUGGUUUUGGGUUAAUAAAACUUGAUUUGAAAACAAAGUCUGAAAAUGGACUGGAAUUUACAAGCUCAGGUUCAGCAAACUCAGAAACCAGCAAAGUUAGUGGUAGUUUGGAAACAAAAUACAAGUGGGUGGAAUAUGGGUUGAUGUUCACAGAAAAGUGGAACACUGACAACACACUAGGCACUGAGAUUACUCUUGAAGAUCAGCUUGCACGUGGCCUGAAGCUGACCUUUGACUCCUCCUUCUCUCCUAACACUGGGAAGAAGAGUGCUAAAGUCAAGACAGGGUACAAGAGAGAGCACAUCAACAUUGGCUGUGACAUGGAUUUUGACAUUGCUGGUCCCUCAAUACGUGGAGCCCUGGUGCUUGGCUACGAGGGGUGGCUGGCUGGCUACCAAAUGACUUUUGAGACAGCAAAGUCUAGAGUAACCCAGAGCAACUUUGCUGUUGGGUAUAAGACUGAUGAGUUCCAGCUUCAUACUAAUGUGAAUGAUGGGACAGAAUUUGGUGGCUCCAUUUACCAGAAGGUGAAUGAGAAGCUGGAGACAGCCGUGAACCUGGCCUGGACAGCGGGGAACAGCAACACGCGCUUCGGAAUAGCCGCCAAGUACCAGAUCGACCCAGACGCCUCUUUCUCUGCUAAAGUGAACAACUCCAGUCUGAUCGGAUUGGGAUAUACUCAGACUUUAAAGCCAGGUAUCAAACUGACGUUGUCAGCUCUGUUGGAUGGCAAGAACGUCAACGCAGGUGGUCACAAACUCGGUCUAGGGUUGGAAUUUGAAGCCUAAGGAGGGAUUUUGUGAUCCCCACUUGGAAAAUACAGCAUAGCUACCUUCAGAAUAUAGUGUACCUUUCAAUGUUCUGUCUGGGAUGCAAGUAUUGCUCAGUAUCAGUCCUGCUAGUCCUGGUUAAAGACAGCUAAGCUUUAAAAAUGGUGUUCAAGAAGUGGAGACAAAAGCAUACAAAAAAAAAAAUCCUAAUUCCAAGCUUUUUUUUUUUUCUUUUCUCAUUAUUGCCCAUCACAUCUAUCUGCUGCCACAAAAUAGGAAGUAGGAAGGUAUUGAUUACCUUCACUAAUAUAUUGACUGCACGAGGAAUAUGUUCACAUGGUAUAAAACCUGAGAUGUAAAAAACCUUACACCACUCUAUUGUACUGUUAAUUCU